CACAGAACGUAAUGCCUUUGCGCAUCCCAACGCACCCUCACCAUCUCCCGGCGCUCUCCCCCCUCCUCCUCCUCCUCCGCCGCCGCCAGCCGGCCAACCCGCCUACUCGCCCGCCUCCUCCGCCGCUCUCCUUCCUGUAGUUUUGAGAGGAUAGCGAAGAGAAAUACAUCGGUGGGAGGAUUUAAAGGAGCUCUGGUAGAAGAAGAGGAGAUAAAAGAGGCAACUUUAGCAAUAGAGAUGGAGAAAUGGGGAAUGGAGAGGAGAGUUUGAGAGGUAUGUGAACAUCCCCCAUUUUCUUCCUAUUUGGAUCACAGCAUCAGUUUAAAUUCUCCUCUGAAUCCAAAACCCUAGAGAUAAACCCUCUCAAAACCCUAGCUUUCUCUCGGAGAGGUCGGUGACUAAUAGAGAAGGAAAACAGGGGAACGGAUUGAGAGUUUUACAACCAUCCCUCAUUUCCUUCCUGUUUGAAUCACAAUAACAAGGGUAGAGCUUUGCUAUAAACCCAAAACCCCAGAGAUAACCCCUCUCAAAAUUAUAAAAUUUCUCUUCUAGAGGCAAGAGAAAAUGCUAUUUUUCAGCAGAAAGCAAGGGCAACUGCUCGUCCGUUUCCGAAAAAUCCCAGCUUUCUCCUGCACCCAGAGAUCAAAUUAUGUGGAUGUGAAGAUGAAGUGGAAGAAGGACUCCUCCUUCGACUCCCUUGACAUCCUCACAAAGGGCAAAGACCUCCGGCCACUCGUCUCCCUCAAGAACAUCAUUGCCCGAGAAUCCGAAGGCUGCAUCCCCAUCUCUGCUGUCUCCAAGCGAGGGAGGGAGCUCGAAAUCUCUGGCCGUGUUGCAAGCUUCCUCAGGCGGUAUCCAGCUGUGUUCCAGGAGUUCACAGGACCCAAGUACAACCUCCCAUGGUUCAAGCUGACUGAAGAAGCUGCUGAGCUUGACAGAGAGGAGCGUGAUGUUUAUGAGACACGGCGGAUGGAGAUAGUGGAUAGGCUGAGGCGGUUGAUCCUGAUGUCGAGAGAGAGAAGGCUUCCAUUGAGAAUAGUUCAGGGAAUGCUGUGGUACUUAGGAUUGCCUGAAGAUUUUCUUCGAAAGCCAGAGGAGAUUUCAAAAGGGUGCUUCCAAAUCGCUGAAUUGGAAGAUGAGGAGCAGGGUUUAACCACCAUAAUUGAUCGAGAUGAGCCCGUUCUUUCUGCACUUCAGAGGAACCAAAUGAAGAAGUUAAAUGGGACUGUGGACUCACUGCCAUCAGCCAUUCCUUUCCCUCUCUUCCCUUCGAAAGGUCUUCGCUUGAAGCAAAAGAUUGAGCAUUGGUUGGAGGAAUUCCAGAAACUUCCCUAUGUCUCCCCUUACGAAGAUUUUUCACACUUGGACCCAAGCAGUGAUAUUUCAGAGAAGCGGGUUGCUGGAGUUCUUCAUGAGCUGCUUAGCCUCUUUGUAGAUAAUUCUGCCGAGAGGCGGAGACUGCUUUGCCUCAGAAAGCAGUUGGGAUUGCCACAAAAGUUCCACGAGGCAUUUGAACGCCACCCUCAUGUGUUCUACCUCCUGUUGAAGAACAAGACCUGCUUUGUUGUCCUCAAAGAGGCUUAUUAUGCCAGAUCAGCCACCACAAUCGUGAAGCACCCGAUGCUCGAGGUGAGGAAGAAAUAUGUCAGAUUGAUGAAUAAGUCGGAGGCUAUUCUGAGAAGCCGGAGGAGCAGGAAACCUUUGGCAGAUGAUGCAGAGGAAAGCCUCGAUGCGGCUGUAGAUUCUGAGAGCAAAGAAGAUUAUGAUGGGUUAGAUGAAGGCAUGGAAGAGAGUUUGCAAAGUUAGCACUACGAGUUAGUGUGGACCAAAGAUGGAAAGAUUAAUUUGCAUUAAUUUAUCACAAGUGCGAGGAAUAUUGGAAGCUGGAAACAGGAAACAGCUGAUCUAUUCAUUGAAUGAUGAAGCAAGCUGCCAAUAUUUACUCAUGGAUGAUAUGGUUAUUAAGAAUUUUAGAAGUGAAAUGUGUAACUUGUGAUCAUGCAUUCGUGCUGGAAGUAUUAAUUAUAACCAAUUGAUUGAGAUCGAACA